CAGAUGUUUUCAAAGCCUUCUAGAAUUAGUAUAAAAUUUAAUUUACGAUUUACGACUUACGUUCUUGUUUGUCUUCAUGAUCGAAAACAUAGGUUACUCAAUAUUAUACUUUGAAGUUAGAACUAAAAUCAAACUCAAAUAUAAAACAUAAGUUUACUGUUCUGUUAUGAUUUUAGAUAUCUCAGUAUAUCUUUAAGUGUGAUAUACUGUACUUCUAAGUUUAAAUUAUCCAAUCUUUAUGGGAACUUCUCACUCAAGACGAAUGGAUAGCGACUCAAGUUCUGUCUCUUCACUUGAAUCACAAUCUGAACAUGAUUCUGAUUUUACUGCAGUUUUGGAGUUUCUUGUUGCAAGUGGACACUUCCAAGUAAUAUCAACCUCUAAUAGUGUAGAUGAUGAUUAUGAAUACUACCAGAAGAAGCUUGACAGAUCCAAGUUGAAGAGAGACACAAAGAUAUUGGAUGGCAGUGAAAUCAGUUUAGCGACGAAACAGGCAAGUGGGCAACUUCAUGCCAUACCGAAACGUAGGCCGACCAAUAUCGUCAGCAUGAUUAAUGCCAGGCAGGAAGGAAUGUUUGGAAGUACGUCAUUCACCAAGGGAGAUAAAUGCCGCAUUUCAAACGAAAGAUUGCCGAAACGAGUGAAGAAGUUGGAUACGUUUGGCAGCAAAGCCUUUUGUGGAGUCUAUUCUCAGGAUGGAGAUCGCUUUCUUGUUGCUGCUCAAGAUCGAUUAAUCAGGUUGUACAACUGUAGAAAUGGUUUCUUCAAGAAGUCGGCUGUAAUAUCAGCAAAAGAUGUUGGGUGGAGCAUAUUGGACACUGCAUUCAGUCCAGAUGGAAAUUCUGUUGCCUAUUCCAGUUGGUCGGAAAAAAUUCACAUUAUAAAACUGGAUGACACGAUGGAUGUGACUGAUGCAGAGCAGGUAGCUCUGCCGCUGUGUCCCGACGAAAGGCGUUUCUGCAUAUUUGCGCUCGUCUUCUCAGCUGACGGCAAUGAGGUGCUGGGAGGGGCCAACGACGGCAACCUCUAUGUAUACGAUAGGACAGUCAACAGACGAACGCUCAAGAUCAAUAGUCACAGUGCUGAUGUUAACACUGUUGCCUUUGCUGACAGCUCAUCUCAAAUUCUGUACAGUGGAGGAGAUGACGGAUACUGUAAGGUUUGGGACAGACGCACUCUGAACGAGAGGAAGCCACUGCCGGUGGGGGUGUUGGCGGGUCACGUGGACGGCAUCACACACAUCGACUCCCGGGGUGAUGGCCGCCACUUGAUCUCCAACUCCAAGGAUCAGACCAUCAAGCUCUGGGACAUAAGGAAGUUCUCGUCCAAAAACGCCAUUGGUAACGCCGCAAAGCAACUCAUGAGACACGACUGGGAUUACCGUUGGCAGAAAGUUCCCCGAAAAUUGAUACACGGAAAAUCUAAACUAGAAGGAGAUACUAGUCUGAUGACGUACAGGGGUCACCUUGUGCUUCAAACGCUCAUCCGGUGUCAUUUCUCGCCGGCGUUCACAACUGGCCAGUCGUUCAUCAUCACAGGAUGUGCGUCGGGGCAAGCGCUUGUGUAUGAUGUUCUGACGGGUAAAAUAGUGAAAGAGUAUGACGGACAUUUGUGCUGUGUGAGAGACGUGGCUUGGCAUCCGUACCGAUCUGAAAUAGUUACCACAUCAUGGGAUAACACGAUCAAGUGCUGGAGCCACGACAACCCGGUGUGCAGUGAGAGCGACUGUGAUGAUGAGGUUGAGUCGAUCGCCGUCGCGCGGCAGCCUCUGCGUCGCAGCAAGCGGUUGGCCGAGAAGGAGCAGCGCAUGUACGAGCGCCAGCAGAGAGAGGCCUCCAGCAGCCAGUCGCGCACAUAAAAAGUUUAUUCACAAAGUGCUUUCGUGGGUGUAAAUGACAAUCAGGUUGUUCAAGGAAUUGAAAAAAAGACGUCGUAUUCCAGCAUCAUUAUACUUCAAUUGUUAUUCUAUCAAAUCAAUUUUACCAAGAAAAGGGAAAGCUAUACUGUAUUAUUAAUAAUUAUUAUCCAUCUCGUAAUAUUUCCAUCAACUAAACGAGACGAAAUCCUAAGAGUUCGAUGAUACAAUUUUUCAUUCGUUAUCAACUUUUCCAAUAUAAAAUGUAAAUACGUUGUACAUUUUGUAUAAUAAAGUUUCGUUCUAUAAAAAAACA